GGAUCUUAUGAAUAGUGUUCCCGCCAUUUCUACACCAUCAAUCGGGCCGGAUCUUGUUGUUGGACAUGGGCCGAGUUUUAGAUCUGGAUGGGCAUGCUGCUGAUAUUUUAUGGGGUUGCGUUUGACGGCUUGUUAAAAGACCUUUCUUCUUUUUGCCUUCAUCCUCACUUAUUUCUUAGGCUAUUGUGGUCCUCAGAAGUCGGCAAUAACUUCAUCAUCGCUUCCAGGCUACUCACGAUUCCGAGGGCGGUUGCGGAACCGGAAUUCUCCCCGAUGAGCACGAUCGGGAGAUUCGAACACGCGAGUUUCGGGAGGAGUUUCCACAAGGACAAUGUCACCCUUCCGGACGCCGAUGUCGGAAGAAUAUGGAAUUGGGGGAAAACACGAGGACAACGGUCUUUGAUUUGAUUGGGCGUCCCUCUCUCUCCGAUUGAAGUCGUCUGUCUCCGAUUGAAGAUGCCUUCGUCUGGUUCCGUCUCCCGCUCCUCGAUCGAAGAAAAGACCCAACAAUCAGGUCCCCCAUACUCUACCUCUCUACAACUUCAUCUCAAUCCCUGGGUAUUAUCUUUCUAUUUGAAGACUUCCAACAUAUCACUGGAUUUUGCUACUUUUUUUUGCCUAAUUGUUUGAAUUGAAAAAUGCAAGAAUCAAGAUUGCACCCUAUUUUUGCCUAAUUUAUUAUUAAUGCAGGCCCUAUUUUAUCUAUAUGAAUCUGACUUGAUGAUAUGAGUUACUUUUUCCAAUUGUGCAAGUGUCAUAUUUUUGAAAUUCAAUUUCUCAUUUUUAUUUAUUUAUUUAUAAACGUAAAUACCAAAUCUACCCAAACUGGUUACCUCAAGGAGCUUCAAGAACUUCUUUGGUUGUCUCAAGAUCCCGUCUUUGCAUUUUCUUCAUUUGCAAAGGUAUUUUCACAAAAGCUUAGUUUGCAAUUCUGGAUAACCCAUACAAAUUCUUCUAAGACAAGCUCAUGCACUAGAGGUGGGUCACCAUACUUAACACAGCAUCUCAAAGAAAGAGUAAAGAUUGUAGUCAAUAUUUUUUCUUAAUUAAAUAUAUUUUUUUUAAUUAUAAUCUUUGGUGUUUUCCCUCAAUGAUGCCAGGAAACAAGCUCUGCCUUUAUGACAAGCCAAGCAGCAUGACUUCUGCUCUACUUUACAGCUUCCUAACUGUAUGCUCUGUCUUAAUUUUACUAUCCACUUCUAUCUCACUUACCCUUUGCACAUUUAAUCUCUGUAAAUAUUAGCUGUGAAUGAAGAGAUAAAAGUUUGUCGAGAAGAGAAAUAACCUUGGAAAUUGCACUAUCUUUUCUUAGAUAAAAAUCAAGUUUGACAGAAUAUAAUAAUCCAAAAAUGGGGGCUCUGGUACUAAAUGAGAAAGAGAAGUAGAAUGAGAAAGAUGUAUUUACACUAUAUGGUAGGGGUCUAGCAAAUAGUAAGUUCAUCCUUAUGCUUAAAAGGUUGAUGGUGGAUACAGUUUUGGUAUAUUUAGCCAAUACACCAACAAAAAUUGUUCUGGAUAAAAAUAAUACAAUGCAUAGUGGUGAUUGACUCUGAAUACUUUAGAAGAAACGUUGUCCUUAACAUUUGUGAGUAGCAAAGUUGCAUAUGGACCCUUUGAGCUACAACCAAAUAAAGAUUGCAAUUGUACCUUCAAGUUCAGAGAGUUGAGAUGAAUGGGUUUCAUAGAACUUUUAGGUAUAACCACAUUGGAAGUAUUCUAAUUUAUUGAAAAAAGUAUUAGGAUUGGAAAAAACAAAAUAGUAGUGAAUUUAAAAAAAACAUGAGAAUGAGCAUAUAUGUUUAACAUAUGUAUAUGUUUAUCAAAUGAUUAUAAGCUUAGAUGUUUUUUUCUACCAUAUGUCUUUGUUUUUUCAAAUAAAACUCACUUUCAAGCUUAUAUAUGUCAAGCUUCGCUUGACAUAUAACCCCCACUCAUACGAAAUCGAUCGCUGAAGUCAAUCGGAAGAGGAAUUGAAAUUCCUCGGCAGUUAGGCUACGGUGAAGUAUUUAAAGAGAAAUUAAACACCGGUUACACAUCAAUAUGGAACAUAGGGUCGCGAACACCUUUUCCAGGUUUCCAGUUGUCCUCUUCAGGCUUCCGGGGUUAAGGUUCUUAAAAAUUGACUAAAGAGCAAAGCAGAGGAAAACCAUAGGACCCGGGUGCAUUUAUGUUGAUACAUCAAAGUUUUAAUUCUGCAAUCUGUUUUUAGAUAAGUAAGGAGAAAUCAAUGACACGUGUGGAGGACAAACGGAUGUUCAAAGAGGCCAUUGGAGCUAAUAAGAAAAGCAUCUUCAAGACUUUUCAUCUCAAGGUAUAAUUAAAUUUCCAGACACAAAAGUCGGUGUCCUCCCUCUUGAGAAAUAAUUUUGCUACUAUUGU